AUGCGCUCCUCACUCUCCAUCCUCGCCACUGUCCUCUUCCUGGCAGGCCAGGCAAGAGCCUUUAACGCAUACGUCGGCUGCUUGGACAUCAACUCGGCGGCUCUCGAUAGCACGAUUAUUCUGAAUUCUGCAGCUGUCCAAAGUCCUGCAGCAUGUGCGGACGCAUGCGCAGCAAGGCCAAACGGCCACGGUUACUCUGCCUUCAGAGCUGCCGGACCCUCCUGUGCCGACAUAACCUCCCCGGCAGACUGGACGAUAGCUACGGACAGUGCAGGCACUUGUGCGGCCGGCGACUACAGUCUUUACCGCUUGAACUCGGAAUGGCAGAGCGAUUCUGUGGCCUGCAACUCGGAGUAUGCAGCUACCCGCCCUCGUACGAGCGUCGAGAUCGUCCCAUCGCUCGGAGAAUGCUUCCGGCUAUGCGUAACAUAUCCCGCCAUGGUCGUCGUCCCUUCCCCCCGUACCGGCGGAUUCUCCUGCCAAUGUGCCCAAGCUAUUCUUGACCCGGUCGCUGCCACCUGCCAGCAGGAUACCGGCUUCGCAUACCGUCGUUCCGCCGCCGCCGCCGCCUCCGGUGUCUACCGUCGUUCCCUCAAGGACACCGCCAGCCGCAAACUCGCCGCCCGUCAAAAUCACAAGUACUGCCCCGCCUCCCUGCAGCCCUGUCGUAUCUCCGGCUCCAACCCGGACGCAUACGAGUGUAUGGACACACAGUACGAGCUUGAAUCAUGCGGUGGCUGCGCAAUGGGCGAGUUUGGCUCGUCAGGCAACUCCACAGCGACAGCGGCCGGUAUCGACUGCACCCGCCUCACCGGUGUACCCAUGGGCGCGGUCUCGUGCCUCGAAGGCAAAUGCGUCGCCUACGCCUGCAAGAAGGGCUUCACCCUCCAGUCCGGCGGCUGCGUCAAGGCAUAA